AUGUCCUUGAAUUGCUUCACCUGUCAACUCUGCAAGCAGCCUCUGAAAUGGAAUAAAUCUUCCAUUCCCCUGGAGAAGUUGGCCCUCAAAAGCACCGAAGAAUCUGAAACAGGGAAUUUGGCCUCAGCUCAAUGUGAGGCAAAAACCCAGAAGGGGAGCUCUGACUACUUCAAAGAUUCAAAUAUUGAAGACCGACAAAAUGAAGUUCUUUCUGGCAAUGAUAGACUCUCCAUGGACAAGCCCAAUCACUUCAUCCUGGUAGGGCAAUUUGACUCCAUGAGAACACUUCAUAGCAUCCAGAAAAUGACCGUGGAUGUUUUUGACAUUCUCUCUGGUAAGAAAGAAAUAGACCAUCCCCUUUGUGAAGACUGUACUGACAAACUUUUGGAAACACUGGACACCCAUCUCACCAUCCUGGAUUCUGAAAAUAAGAAAUACAAAAUCUGUUUGGAGAGUGGAGAGAGUGCACCAGAAGGUGAGCAGGAGGCCCUGCAGGAGGAACUGAAGGGGUUGGAGCUGGAGGAAGCGAGACUGGUACAGGAACUGCAGGAGCUGGAGAAGAACCGAGAAAGAGCAGCAACUGAUUUUAAGGCAGCUCAGGCUGAGACCAGGACGCUGGACCAGCAGGAAAUCCUGAACCAGAGGGACUACAGUCAAUUACAGUGGCAAGAAAUGGAACUGCAGGAUGAGUUGAGGAGUCUGGAGAAAAGGUUUAAGUACGUCCAGGACGAGCAAGCCCAAUUGGAGAAAAUGAACAUCUUCAGCACCACCUUUGACAUUUGUCAGGAUGGAAAUUUUGCCAUCAUCAAUAACUUUAGAUUGGGUAACCUCCCUUCUGUUCCUGUGAGUUGGAGGGAGAUCAAUGCGGCCUGGGGACAAACAGCCUUGCUGCUUCUUGCUCUAUCCAAGACAAUUGGGUUGGAGUUUAAGAGGUAUCAACUUGUGCCCUGUGGAAGUCAUUCCUAUCUGAAGUCUUUAACCCAGGACGCCAUUUAUCUGCCAUUGUUUUGUUGUGAUAGAAACGAUAUUUGGUUGUAUUAUAAGUUUGACCAGGCAAUGGUGGCUUUUCUGGACUGUAUGCAACAGUUCAAAAAUGAAGCAGAGAAAGGUGAAUUGGGUCUGCACUUGCCCUAUAGGAUUCACGUAAAGGAAGGCUUAAUGGAAGACCCUGCAAAUGGUGGUAAAUUUUAUUCCAUCAGAACCCACAUGAACACAGAAGAGCAAUGGACAAAGGCACUAAAGCUUAUGCUUACAAAUUUUAAGUGGAGUCUUGCUUGGGUUUCAUUAAGGUAUCGUCAAAAAUAA